CGCAUUCGCUCCAUCCGCUUCUUCUCGGAUUCCAGCUGUUCCCCCGUGGCCUUUCUUGGAUUCCCCCGCCCCCCGGCCCGCGGCUCCCCCGCCCCACGUACCCAUGGCGUUGCCGAGGUGGCUCCCAUGAUGCGCUCUCGCCGCCUCGCCAUGUGACCCGCGCGCCACGCCGCUUUUCCGAGACCGAGAGACGGAGAGAGAGAAAAAAACGUAGAGAUCCACGCCGCAUUCUCCAUUUCUCCCCCUCCCGGCUGCAGCUCGCCGUAUCCUGCUUUCUUGCCUUGCGGGCGUCGUCGUAGCGUGGUAGGAGUAGGGGAGCCCGGCGCGCGGGCGGGCGCGGGUGGUUGGUGAGUGCGCGCGCAACGCGCAGCAGCAGCAGCAGCGGGAAAAAAAAAAGGCUAACUAAGCUAGGACAGAGGAGAGAAAAGCCGUGGCGCUUUGCGGUCACGAGAUUCAGGGGGUGGUUUGCUUUUGCUCGCAAGGGAAGUGUUGGGGGAGCCGUAGACAUCCGAACUGUUCUAAUGGCGACCCUCUGGGGGGCGGUGGCGGUGGCGUUGCUUUGCGCGAUGUAUUGGUGAGGCCGGUACUAGGGGAGGGGGUAGUAGUAGUGGUACAAGUGGUGGUUGUCGUCGUCGUAGUCUUGUGGGUUGCGUGCGUGCGUUCGUGCGCGCCAGCGAAGUUCUUGCGACGAUCGUGUGGGGUGGGUUCGUGUGCUCUCUCGCUCCUGCCAUUGGUUGAUGAGCAUGGGGCAUUACUCCGAGCAGAGGCCGGGGUUCGAGGUGACCAAGGACUGGAACGGCGCCGACCAGGUCAUGAUCCGGUCGCCGCGGGGGGCGUCCGUCCUGGUCAGCCUGCACGGCGGGCAGGUCGUCUCCUGGAGGAACGACCGCGGCGAGGAGCUCCUCUUCACCAGCAGCAAGGCUAUCUUCAAGCCACCAAAAGCGAUGCGAGGUGGAAUUCCCAUAUGCUUUCCACAGUUUGGAAAUUGUGGAACAUUGGAGCAGCAUGGAUUUGCAAGGAACAGGCUAUGGGCCAUAGAUGAUGAGGCUCCACCACUAAAUCAUAAUGAUAACAACGGCAAAGUUUCUGUUGACCUUCUGUUAAAGCCAUCUGAAGAUGAUCUCAAAUGUUGGCCACACUGCUUUGAAUUCCGUCUCAGAGUUUCUCUUUCGACGGAUGGAGAUCUCUCGUUAGUAUCACGAGUCAGGAAUGUUAAUGGGAAGCCAUUCAGUUUUUCGUUUGCUUACCAUACAUAUCUUUCAGUCUCUGACAUCAGUGAGGUGAGAAUAGAAGGUCUGGAGACACUUGAUUAUCUUGACAACCUUAGCCAAAGAGAACGUUUUACAGAACAAGGAGAUGCUAUAACAUUUGAGUCUGAGGUUGACAGAGUCUACGUUGGUUCCCCAAGCGUAAUUGCUGUGCUUGACCAUGAGAAGAAACGCACCUUCAUUGUAAGGAAAGAAGGGCUUCCUGACGUCGUUGUUUGGAACCCAUGGGACAAGAAGUCGAAAACGAUGGCGGAUUUUGGCGACGAGGAGUACAAGCAGAUGCUGUGUGUGGACGCUGCCGCAGUCGAGCGAGCCAUCACGCUGAAGCCAGGCGAGGAGUGGACGGGGAAGCUGGAGCUGUCCGCCGUCGCUUCCACCAACUGCAGCGACCAUCUGGACUACCCUUGUAGCUAGCUCCAGUGUUCCUAUAAUGCGUUCCAGUAGCUAUAUUCAGAUGCUUAGUUUUGCCCCCCCUAAAUCGAAAAUCAUGUACUACGUUUUUCCUUGUACAUGGGAGUGUGUACUACGUUUUUCAUUGUACAACAUGGGGGCGCUAGCUAGGUCCGUCGUCUUGAUCAGCCUGUUGCUGAUCAGUCUACCCGUGUCAUUUGUCAGAUACUACUAUAUAUUCAGAUGCAAAGUUGUUGUGACAAGACUUCACUUGAGUUUUCUGAAAAA